AUGAUGGUGCUUUUGGGUGAAUUACAAGAUGGGAUGUGCGACGCUGUCAUCCGUGAAGCGCCGCUGCACGUCUUCACCGAGCUCUUCAUGACGCCGAUGCUCCGGCUGUCCAACGAUCCGGUGAAAAACGUGUUUGCGGGCUUGGUGCAUGACCUGGUGCUGCCGUUUCUGGCCUCCUGGCGGCAGCCCUGCGCUGCGCUCGCUGCUGGAGGUCACCACACCUGCGUGGUGACGAAGGACAGGGAACUGGUGUGCUUCGGGCACAAUGACUUCGGCCAGUGCACCGUGCCCGCCAGCCUGGGUCCUGUGCUCGCAGUCGCGGCGGGGGCCGAGCACACCUGCGCCCUCUCGGCCGACGGCAAGGUCGUGUGUUUUGGGAACAACGAGUUCGGCCAGUGCGACGUGCCUGCAGACCUGCGCCCGGUGGUGGCGGUGGCAGCCGGCGGUUCGCACACCUGUGCCCUGCAGAGGAACGGCGUCUUGGUCUGCUUCGGCCACAACGGCCUUGGGCAGUGCGAUGUUCCUCUCGACAUCGACCCGGUCGUGGCCGUCUCCGCAGGGGGCGCCCACACGUGCGCGGUGACGGCGGCUGGCAAGCUCGUUGCUUUCGGAGACAACGACCGGGGCCAGGUGGAUGUGCCGCCGGAACUGGGCCCAGUGGCGGCCGUGGCUGCCGGAAGCCACCACACCUGCGCUAUUACGGCAGUUGGGGAGUUGGUCUGCUUCGGCGGCAACGUCCUCGGCCAGUGCGACGUGCCUCCGAACCUGGGCCCCGUCAGGGCAGUGGCGGCAAGGCUUCUCUACACCUGCGUCGUGACGAUCACGGGAGAGCUGGUCUGCUUUGGCUGCAUCGACUUCGAGGAGAUCCACCAGCCUCCCGGCCUUCAUGCUGUGGUGGCCGUGGCGGCGGGCACUUGCCACGCCUGCGCGGCCAAGGAGACGGGCGAGGUGGUAUGUUUUGGGCACAACGACCUCGGCCAAUGUGCGGUUCCCACUGGUCUCCUGGUGGCCACCGCAGGCUCCUUGAGACGUGGAGAUUGA